AUGACAUCGACUUUAGAUCCUGCUUUACUUAAGAAGAAACUAUUAUUACUUGCAUCUAGUGGUUCAUUUACCAAUUAUACUCCACGUCAAUUACAUGAUGCUUAUGAAGAAUUGCAAGAUUUCUUGAUUAUUUAUCAAGACAAGGUAUUAGAUUCCAUUGAAUUAUUCAAUUUAUUUGAGUUACAAUUCUAUUUAUCCCUAUUGACUUUACAUGACACUGAAGCGAAGAAUGCAUUAGAUAGAAUUACUGAUCAAUUUAGUAUAAUUAAAGUUGAUAAAGAACUUACAUCACAAAGAAUUACCAUCUUGAAAAGUAUUUAUGAAGAACUGCAAGGAGAUAUCAAACAAGCCUCUAAAUUAUUAAGUGAAGAUCCAGAUGAAUUGAAAUUAUCAAGAAGAUUAACUACUUUAAGUAGACAUGAUGGAGGUGAUCCAAGUAAAUAUAUUAACAAUCUCAUAUAUUAUCUUAAUUUACAACCUAGUGAUAAACAAACUUGGAAUGAAUUAGCAGAACAAUACAAGAUCCUGGGCCAUUAUGAUAAAGCUAUUUAUUGCUUAAAAGAAAUAGUAUUGCAAGAUCCUCAAGCUUAUCCUAUCUUUUAUAAAAUUGGGUUGUUGUAUUAUUAUCUGUUCUUGCAACUUGAAGUUAAUUUAAAAACAGAAAAGAAAGACAAAUUGCUUGAAUUGAUGAAGAUAUUGACCAAUUCUAGAGAUAAUUAUUUGUAUUCAAUUGAAAUCAAUGACAAAUAUAAGAAAAAUUGGGUGGGGUUGAAAGUUCUUGUUGAAUUAAGUUUCAAUGAUAAGUUGAAAAAGAUAAGUGAAAGCUCAAAGGAGAUUAAAGAAUAUUUAAGUUAUAAUGAUAAAUUGAAAGUUAUCGUAGAUAAGAAAAUUAAAGAAUUGAAUAUAGAGAUAUAG